CUUGUUUGGGCGGUGCCAGUUUCUAGCGGAGUCGCGAUGUCGGGCCGCGGCAAGCAGGGCGGGAAGGCGCGGGCCAAGGCCAAGUCUCGCUCCUCGCGGGCUGGGCUGCAGUUCCCGGUGGGCCGCGUGCACCGCCUCCUGCGCAAGGGCCACUACGCGGAGCGGGUCGGAGCCGGGGCCCCGGUCUACCUGGCGGCCGUGCUGGAGUACCUGACGGCCGAGAUCCUGGAGCUGGCGGGCAACGCGGCGCGGGACAACAAGAAGACGCGCAUCAUCCCCCGCCACCUGCAGCUGGCCAUCCGCAACGACGAGGAGCUCAACAAGCUGCUGGGCAAAGUGACGAUCGCGCAGGGCGGCGUCCUGCCCAACAUCCAGGCCGUGCUGCUGCCCAAGAAGACCGAGAGGGCCAAGACCAAGUAAAUCCAGCCGUGAAGAGGCAGGAUCCGUCCUUUCAGCCGCUAAACAGAACCCAACGGCUCUUUUCAGAGCCACCCACCAUGUCACAGGGAAGAGCUGAAUGUCACGCUUAGGAACAGGAAGGGAAGGGCUUCUUUUCUGAUCCGCAGGGUACUUUUCCUGAUAGUAACAUUAGGACACUUGCCAGUUUUACCCUUUAUCAGGAUGUUCAGUAAUGAGCUUUUUUAGGGGAAGGACGGAAAUAAUUAGAGGUAUUAAUGCUUCCCUUCUGUCUACAAAAAUUGAGCAUGUCAAAAGAAGGCAGACAUACAAUGUUGGGUAGCCUGUAGAAAAAUAUGAAAUGGGGUGAAAAAGCCUGAGUGAUCUGUACCUAUACAUGAUAUAUAGGCGCCUAUCAUCUGCAGGCAGUUUCUGAACCUGACAAAGGGCGUUUGUGCAUGGAAGAAGAAUUUUUCCAAGUAUUUGACUUGACCUAAUAAAAGAUACCUGAUUUACC